AAGAACGAGUUGGUCAACCCCGUUCCAUGCGCAAUGAUUUGGCUGCCUUCUGAGGCAUCCAGGCAGUUUUGCCGAGCGCGUUCAUGACUUCCAGGGGCAGGGGUGCGAAAAAGCCGUGUGAAGGACUAACUAAAUCUAUCGUAACGAGGCGCUCCUUUAAGCCAAUAGCAAGACUGCUAAGGAGGCUGCGAUGAGCCUCCCAGACAGCUUGCGGCUGAGCGCUCAUGUCGACGCAGUUGAUUCAAGGCUGAAAUUGAGCCCAGGCGUACGUUCACAUUUCUUGCGUUUCGUCCAAGAUCCCUUUAUAUCUCAUUCAUUCAUUUUCCCCCCUAGCACAGUCGAACAGCAUUUUCCCCGUCCCUGGAAGCCUCUCGCAGGCAGGAUUCGUUCGACAGGCUAGGCGCAAAGUCUGCUCACAUCGCCCGAACCCUUGGACGGGACCCCCAUUCCGCGCAGGCCGCCUCUGCUCGAGAGGCCGUUCUUUAUCAUCUCGAGGCCUAAAGUCCACCCUGACCCAAUAUGCCGAAGAAAUUGACCCACAGCGCCUAUGAGGUGGGGUGGAUCUGCCCGAUGCUCUUAGAGCAGAUCCCGGCGUUGCAGAUGUUGGACGAGGAACAUGAACGGCUGGCUCAGCCUGCGGGAGAUCACAAUGUAUAUACUUUGGGAAGCAUCCAUGGCCACAACGUUGUCAUUGCGGGACUUCCCGACAACGACAACCCCUCUGCUGCCGUCGUGCUCACCCAGAUGAAGAUGACGUUCCCCAAACUCAAGUUUGGCCUUUUGGUUGGCAUCGGGGGAGGUGUCCCCGUGAAAACUGACACCGGAAUGAUCAGGCUGGGGGACGUGGUGGUCAGCAAACCAGAUGGUCCUAAUUCCGGCGUGGUGCAAUACGACCGCGGAAAGGCCAAAGCUGGCGACUUUGAGCGUACCGGCGCUCUGGACCGGCCGCCGCAAGCGCUCCUCAAUGCUGCACAGGAUCUGGACUCGAAGCGCGCGAGUCUGCGGACAGAUCCUGUCGCGGAGAACCUGAAACGGAUCGAUACCACCAUCCCAGGGCUUCGCAAGUACAGAUACCCUGGUGCGGCGCAAGACCUGCUUUUCGAAGCUGAGUAUGAGCACGAAAGGAAAGGAAAGACUUGCGACGAGUGCGGAUGCCACAAAUCUCGGCUGAUUCCAUUUCCUGCUGACAACGAGGCGGGUGGUGGAAAUGAAGCAUUUGUUGUGGUGCACCGAGGGACAAUUGCCUCCGGAGGGUUGGUGAUGAGAAACGCCAUUCUGAGAGAUGAGCUCGCAAGGCAGUCCAAUGCGUUGUGCUUCGAAACUGAGGCAGCCGGAGCCCUGAAGGGCUUUCCGGCCAUGGUCAUCCGAGGCAUCUCAGACUACUCUGACUCCCACAAGAACGAUGUGUGGCAUGGAUACGCCGCGGCGGUGGCAGCUGCCUAUGCACGGCAGCUGUUUUUCCACAUGCCGAUCGAGGCCAUUAGUGGAGAUCCACUAGAUUUCGAGAUGACGCGCCUGUGGAACACGCCGGACCCGGUCCCUCAUUUUGUCGGUCGAGACAUUCUCCUGACGCAGAUUGCUUCGUAUUUUGACAACGCUGGUGAACUCGGCACUCGUAAGCUUCCUUUAGUGCUGGCCGGCCUGGGUGGUGUGGGCAAGUCUCAGGCCGCGCUGGCAUAUGCACAUCGCUACGCCGAACGAUACAUGCUCUGUUUCCAGAUCGAUGCUACAACCGAACAGACCAUCCUCGAAAGCUUGGCCGAAAUUGCGGACAUGUUCGAUACAGAAGCCAGCGUUAGACAGCCCGGCAGGAAUUCUCCCGCGAACAGGAAACUAGUGCCAUACGUCAAGCUCCAGCUGGAACAGUGCAAGUCGAGGUGGCUGUUGAUUUUCGACAAUUACGACAAUCCUGCGGCGGUGAGGUUGGCCCCCUUUCUCCCGAGAUCACUCUUGGGAGACAUCAUUGUCACCUCCCGGAGGUCAGAUGCCUGUGCACUUGGGCACUCGAUUCCUGUCGAACCGAUGGAAGAUGACGAGGCGGAGGAGCUUCUGCUCAGGCUCGCGGGAUACACCGUGGCUAACACGACGGCCACCGACCUAGUGUGCGCCCAAGUCGUUUCAGAAUACGUGGGCAAGCUUCCCCUUGGGUUGGAGCUUGCCGCGGCCUACGCCAAACAAAUCGGAGCUGGCGGCUUAAGGAUGUAUGCAAGCCUUGUCGAACGACAAGAUGAGACAGUGCUGUAUGACUCCCUGAGAGCUGGCCCAGCAGACCGUUUCCUCUCCGACUACCAACUCGGCGUUUUCGACACCUGGAGGCGUUCGUUCCGGAUGAUAUCGGAGAGAAAUCCCAAUGCAGCAAAAUUUCUACGAUUGUGCGCCUUCUUUGACCGCUCUCAGCUGAAUGCACAGCUAUUCCGACACGCUGUCCGCAGAAAAUCGUUCUGGAAUUCAAUUGGCAGAUUGGAAAGUCUCAAGCCAACUGAUGCUGGAGUACCCGCUUGGCUAGUCUCGGCAUGCACGAGUGGUGGUUCUUGGGACGAAAUGAAGUUCGUCAGCCUCCUGAUAGAACUGAAAAACUUUUCUUUCCUCAAAUGGAACACCUCUUCAAGAAGGCCCUGGAAUCGGGCUGCCAUGGAAGCUUCUUCUGCCGAGGCAGAAGCCCCACGAGCAGCGGAUGAGGAUGAUCAUAAAGACGAGGACGACCCUUACGACCUGUGGAUUCAUCCAUUAGUGCAUGAGUGGGCAAAGGAAAGCAUGGAGGCGGAGACAAAGUCAAGCGCUGCCCUGGAAGCAGUGUGGGUUUUCAUACACAGCAUUGAGGAUGACGCACGAGAAGCUGACGACGACCUCCUUGGGUUCAACCUCCUGCGCUCUUUUAAAGGGCCAAGACAGCGACUGCUUCUGGAUUCUCAUCCUAAUCAUCAGGAUUUGAGGAAUGCGAUCAUGCUUGAUGAGGUUCAGAGAUUGGGUGGGGCUCUGGCCGGGCCGAAGGCUAUGAGGAACAUUUUCAGAGCUGGCCAAUUCCAAACUGGUGGUGGCGGGAUGGUAGACUCGUUUCUGGAUCUCAUGGCCAUCCUCCAGGGAUUCCGGACGUUUCUUGAUCGGUGUCACUGUCUGGAGAUGGACCCGAACGGGUCCUACUGGGUACUGCCACACUCUGCUUUUGAAGACACAUAUGCGAUUUUAAUUGCGUUCCAGGAGCGGAAGCUGCGCGCCUCCGAAUGCAAUAUUGCGGGCGAAAUAUUCACCACGGCCCAACGUUUCUUGAGACAGGAGUCUGAAUAUGCUCACGCCUUGAUAUUAAAUGCGACGGUGGUCAACGACGCCUCGUUCUGGGAAAAAUUGGUUGAGCACGCGCCGGUGGUUAACAAGCUGAUCCAAAAGCUUGAGGCUCCUCGCCUGGACAAAGAAUUUUCAAUCCUCACCGUUGCUGCCUGCGCGCAACUUUCAAUUUCUUACGCUUAUGCCGUGGGUGUGUCCCAUCACAAUAACACGAACCCCCUGGCGGACCCGAUGAAUUGGUUGGAUGAUGAUCGCCAUCGAGCAAUCCGAGUCAUCUCGUCCGUCGGCCAGACCGCGCUACGCAACUUGGAGAUGAUCAAAUCAUAUCAAGACGCGUUCGAAGGCAAGAUCCGCAUUUCCGAACGGACAAUCUCCAAAAGUGUUCAGUGGCCACUCCAGAUGAGCUAUGCCUUCGCCUGCCUGCGGGAAGGACGCCCCAAUGAGGCUGGACCGAUCUUCGAGGCAGGAAUUUCGAACACUCAGUCGCUCCAUGGCCCCCGGGCGGCCUUGGCUUUCGCCACCGAAGUUGGGCUGGCGAUGGACGUACAGUUGAAAAUAGGCGCCGAGCAAUUGGCUUUUCGUUCACACUACGUCGAAGCUGUUGGCACGGACAUUUCUCAUGACGACCGAAAUCACUGGCUCGACUUUUUCGACUUGGCCGCAGAGAUAGAUCCGUCACUCGUCGAAAAGUUUUCAAGGGACAACAGAGCUCCAAGAGAUAAGGUCAACAAAUGGUCCAGUAUUGCACUGCAAGGGAGAAAGCGUCUCGGGGAAGGACCUGCGGCAGCAGAUCACACCGAGAAAAGCUCCUUUGAUGAAGACCGUCAACCGCAGCCGUCCACCUGGGGCUCUCGGGGCAUCGAACUAGAACCGCGUAUAGGUCGCCUCAACUGGCCAACGCGAUCGCUGGACGAUGACAUUGCCAAGUCGUCGGCAAUGCUGAAGCAAAAGUAUACGCAGUUCAAAUCCAGCGUGCCAACGUACGCGACCGCCACUUUAGCCACCGAACUCGUCAGCGACCUGGAUAAUAAAACUUUACCACCACGAGCAUCAGCAUCUACUUCCGAGCCGAACACGGCAGCAAUCGAGGAGCGAAGGGCCGAGUUCACUUCCACCCUUUAUCCCACGAGCAACAGAACGCAGGUCGACCCGCGCAGUAACCAGGUCUUUGUGGAGACACUGACUGGAAAGACCAUCGUCCUUCCCUUUGACCCGUUUGAGACGGUCAGUGCAUUCAAAGACAGAAUAACCGACAGAGAAGGCAUCCCGGCGGAUAUGCAGCGCAUCAUUUUUGCCGGCAAGCAACUUGAGGACGGCCGAACAUUGUCAGAUUACAAUGUCCAACGAAACAACACCCUUCACCUCGUGCUGAGGUUGAGGGGAGGUUAAAGUGGGUUGCUUAGCAUUCGAAACAUACCACACGGCUUUCGCAGGAGACGUACUACAACUUUUGACAGAGUUACCGUUUGGACAUUGGACAUGGUCUGGAGCGGGCUCUUUAUGAGGCCGAAAGGAGCCUGUUGAGAUCAUCAUCAACCUGAUGGAUGUCGGCGACAUCACGAAGGCCAAAUACCUCAACGUUGCCGUUGAAAUGGCCACUGCGCAAAUUGUGCGAUUUUUUUCACGGCACUCGUGCCGACACCCUAACCUUGCAGCUGCGACGUGAUGUGAAGUCAUAUCAUAUUCUACCUAUCCAAAUCACAACGCCUCACGACUGCAUAACCUCAUCAGGAUCUCUGAUCGACCGAGAUCGACCGAAGUGUGGAGAUUCGACCUGACCUCGAAAAAUGAGCACGGCGAUGGAUCAGGCACACUACAGUCAGCAAGAGCAAAGGGUACUAAGAAGCGGUCUGGGCCAUCAGGUCGAAGUGGUCAGAAAACGGGCAACUGCCAAGGAUCCUUACAAGAUCCAAAUGAGAUUGUGAUCCGAUUCACAAGAUUUAUUCGAGAAAGCUUUGCCAUGUUGAGUCUGCAACUCAGGAAGAGAAAGUACAAGUAUGUACAAGUGCUGACCUCCCAUUUCCCGCUGAUUGUGGUCGAGUGUCCCAAGGCUUCAGCU